AUGGAAUUAAUGAAAGCAGAUGAAGUAAAGUUGGAUCGACAUCUCUGGCUUAUUCAAAUCAAGGAAGGCCUGCAAUUUCAGGAUGAGGAAGAAGAAGAAAAGGAGUUAUGUGUAUCCGUUUUUGGUGUGCCCAAGGAGCUGUUGACAGUAACGCCAGAAGCAUAUAUUCCGCAGUGCGUCUCCAUUGGACCUUAUCACCAUUGGAGGUCCCAACUGUUCGAAAUGGAGAGAUACAAAAUAGCUGCUGCGAAAAGAUUUGAGAGGACGAUAACCGGUAAGUUCGAAGCUGUAGUGGAAGAGAUUAAGAAGUACGACUGGCAAAUCAGGAACUGCUACCAGAAAUUUCUUGACUACAGGGAGGAAGUCCUUGCAUGGCUCAUGGCUCUGGACGCGUCGUUCGUGCUCGAGUGCAUGCAGUUCUACGUCAAACGAGCGGAUCGCACUUCUUCGCAAGAGUCAUCCCAGGUGAUGCGAUUAGGCAGAGUUUUAGAUAGAACUCGCAGAAGUGCAACCCACAAAUCAAUUAUGAGAGAUCUGAUGAUGCUCGAGAAUCAGUUACCUUUGUUCCUCGUGCAGAAGCUGCUAGAAAUGCAGUUGGGUUCUCAAGAUAAGGCGGAAGAAAGGCUCUCCAAUCUGGUGAGUCUCGUCUGUCAAGAAUCGUCGCCAUUUAUGUUGAAGAUGCGGAAUAGUUCAAGGCUGUGCAUAAAAGAGAGGGGUCACAUAUUGGAGGUGCUAUACUACUCUAUUGUCCCUGCAGCAGCAAUGGACGAUAGCAUUUCUAAGAAGAAUGAUGACGAGAAUGUCUCUUUGGCGGACUCAACCUGCAUAACGCGUGCUCUGAAAGCUUUAUGGAACGUUCUCUCCUCGUUAAAAAUCAGUCUUGCUCAACUCUUGUCGGCACUCUCUGAGCGUGUCUUAAAAGGGAGGCCUGUCCAGUUGGUGACGCAGUUGUCCACGAAUCUUGUCUCUGCUUUUGAAACUCUAUCCAUUAAGCGCAAAGAUGAAAAGGAUGAGGAAACAGAUGAGGAGAGAGGAUAUUCCACAGUGGAAAUUCCUCCAACAUGUGACGAACUAGAAAUUCCCUCGACUAGUGCAACUCUUUAUCUUCCCAAAUUGAGGUUGGAUUCCAACACAGAAGUAGUUCUCAGAAAUCUGCUGGCUUUCGAAACUUCGGCGGCUCCUGGCGCUCUGAUCUUCACUCGCUACACUGAUUUCAUGAACGGCAUCAUCGACACAGUCGAAGAUGUUCGGCUGCUGCGAAAGAGCGGUAUAACAAAUACAUAUUUCGUUCAUGGCAGCUCCUCACUGUGUUGGCCGCGGGGAUACUUCUGCUUCUGA